AUGGCACGCAAUCAAGGCGAAGUAGCAAACCAGUUAGCUGGCAACCAGGCGGGGAUCGCAGAACUCCGCAGCCGUCUGCUGUUCGUAUUGUUUGCAUUGCUGGUCUACCGGAUAGGCACGCACAUUCCUGUGCCUGGCAUUGAUCCCGGUCAACUGGCCGCUUUGUUUGAUCAAAGCCAGGGCGGUAUUCUCGAGUUGUUUAACAUGUUCUCGGGUGGCGCCUGGGAGCGUAUGAGUAUUCUGGCUCUGGGUGUUAUUCCAUACAUUACGGCAAGUAUCAUCAUGAAUCUGAUGACCAUGAUGUACCCCCAGUUUCAGCAAUGGCGCAAAGAAGGUGAUGCUGGUCGUCGCAAGAUUACCAAAGUAACCCGCUAUCUGACGCUGGCUAUCGCAACGAUCCAGGGUGUGUCCCUGGCCGUGACGCUGGCUAAUCAGGGGUUAGCCUUCGAUCCGAGCUUCACCUUCUACUUUGUUGCUUCGCUCACCCUGGUGACAGGCGCAGUAUUCAUGAUGUGGUUGGGCGAGCAGAUUACUGAGCGUGGUGUUGGUAAUGGCAUUUCGCUAUUGAUCUUUGCCGGUAUUGUCUCCGGCUUCCCCUCAGCACUCGGCCAGGUUUUCGAAGCUGCACGGCAGGACCAGAUUAACAUCAUCGCAUUGUUGUUCAUUACAGCUAUCGCCGUCGGUGUGGUCUGGUUUAUCGUUCGCGUCGAGCGCGGGCAGCGUCGGAUUACGGUUAAUUACGCCAAACGCCAGCAGGGUCGCCGUGUCUUCCAGGCGCAGAGCAGUCACCUGCCGUUAAAAAUCAACAUGGCCGGUGUUAUCCCAGCGAUUUUUGCCUCGAGUCUGCUGUUAGCCCCGGCGUCUAUGGCCAGCUGGUUCGGCACCAACCCUGGUAUGGGCUGGUUGCAGGAAAUUUCUCUGGUUCUGUCUCCUGGGCAGCCGCUUUACAUCAUGAUGUUUGCCGCGGGUAUUAUCUUUUUCAGCUUCUUUUACACCGCAAUUAUGUUUGACCCGAAAGAUGUGGCGGACAAUUUGAAGCGCCAGGGUGCCUAUGUACCAGGUAUACGGCCGGGGCAGCAGACCGCAAAAUACAUUGACGAUGUCAUUACCCGGCUGACCGUUUUCGGUGCUCUGUAUGUGACGUUGGUAUGUUUGUUACCGGAAUUUAUGAUUGUAGCAUUCGAUAUAACUUUUCAACUGGGCGGCACCGCGCUGCUGAUUGUGGUGGUAGUGGCAAUGGACUUCAUGUCCCAGGUGCAAUCUCACCUGAUGUCCAGCCAGUACGCCAAGUUGAUGGAAAAAUCGAAUCUACAGACUUACGGACGUCGUAAAGGCGGAUAA